AUGGGUUCAAACAGUGGGAUUGUAACUGGGUUAGCAACAGUUGGUACGAUACUGUGGUGUGUACAAUUAAUUCCACAGAUAAUUACAAAUUAUAGAAAAAAAGAUUGCACCGGACUUCCACCUUUGAUGAUGUUCUUAUGGGUAGUAUCAGGUAUACCGUUUGGGAUUUAUUUUUGUAUUUUGAAUGCGGAAAUUAUUUUUCAGAUACAACCUCAUUUGUUUAUGUUUUUUUGUAGUAUAAGUUUCUUUCAAACGAUAUAUUACCCACCAAUGAAAUUACCAAAAUGGAAAAUCCUUGCCAUAGGGAUCUCACUUUUGGCGGUUGACCUAGCUAUGGAAUUGGGUUUCAUUCUUUGGUUGAAACCUGUAUACAAAAAUGGUACACAUUGGCCUGCCUUAAUAUUUGGUAUAAUAGCGUCUAUUUUAUUGGCUGUAGGUCUCUUACCACCCUAUUUUGAAUUAGCUAAGAGAAAAGGUAGAGUUGUGGGGAUCAAUUUUAUAUUUCUCACAAUGGAUAGUUUGGGUGCAUACUUCUCAAUUGCAAGUGUCGCAGUAGGUGACAAAAAUGUCCUAAGUCUAAUUUUAUAUGCAAUUGUUGCUUUCUUAGAGUUAGGAAUAUUUAUGUCACAAUUUAUUUGGUUAUGUCGUUUUAGAUGGUUCGGAAAGGCAGAUAUUGCGCUAACUACCCAGAAAGAAAAUAGUGAGUUAGUUAAUAAUGACGAUCAAACUACAGAAGAAGAAUACAUAUUUGUUGAUUUGGAGAAACAAAAAUGUCACGUUAAUGCAAAGUAA